AUGACAGCUCAAGUCUCAGAUCCUCAAGGGAUCUCAGAGACUACAGCUAAGGAGGAUGAGAAGAAAUUGCAGACCCCUGGCCCCAGAAGGGAUAAGUCGUGGCUAGUACGGCAUUUCUCCCUGCUCCUUCGUCGGGAUCAGCAAGCCCAGAAGGCCAGCCAGCUCUUUUCUGGGCUCCUGGCUCUCAAUGUGGUGUUCUUGGGAGGAGCCUUCAUCUGUAGCAUGAUCUUCAACAAUGUGGCCAUCACCCUGGGUGAUGUCUGGAUUCUGCUGGCAGUGCUCAAGGUGCUUGCCCUCCUCUGGCUCCUCUACUACUUGGUGGGUACCAUCCGCCUGCCCCACGCUGUCCUGUACCGAGAUCCCCAUGCUGGGCCUGUCUGGGUUCAGGGUUCCCUGGUGUUGUUCGGUAGCUGCACUGUCCUUCUCAACAUCUUCCGAAUCGGCAAUGUUGUCAGUCACAUCCACUGCAAGUCUGAGGUGGAGCUUGUCUUCCCCAUCAUUGAGAUUCUCUUCAUCAGUCUUCAGACCUAUGUGCUAUGGAACCACAGUAAAGACUGUGUUCAGGUGCAGAUGAAUCUCACCAGGUGUGGACUGAUGCUUACUAUGGCUACCAACCUGCUCCUCUGGGUAUUGGCCGUCACCAAUGAUUCCAUGCAUCGGGAGAUCGAGGCUGAACUGGAUGCCCUCAUGGAAACACUCACAGGCAACGAAACCAACACUUGCCUUUGCCUCAAUACAACUAUAUGUGAGAUUUUCCAAAAGGGUUACUUGAUGCUCUACCCCUUCAGCACUGAGUACAGUCUCAUCUGCUGUGCUGUUCUAUACGUCAUGUGGAAGAAUGUGGGCCGAAAGCUGUCUCCUCACAUACCUGGUCCUGGCCGGCCCAGCUUCCACCUCCAUGGUGCCAUCUUUGGUCCCUUGUUGGGCUUCCUGGCUCUGGUGGCAGGGGUCUGCGUCUUUGUCCUCUUCCAGAUCCAGGCCAGUGGCCCCUCCAUUGGUCAUCAGUACUUCACCCUUUACUAUGCAUUUUACGUGGUUGUGCUGCCUGUCAUGACUCUGGCGUGCUUGACGGGCACAGUCAUACAUGGACUGGAAGAGCGGGAGAUGGACACGGUCAAGAAUCCCACCCGAAGCCUUGAUGUGGUGCUUCUUAUGGGUGCUGCCCUGGGCCAAAUUGGCAUCUCCUAUUUUUCCAUUGUGGCUAUUGUGGCCACUGACGCCCAAAAACUGCUCAACAGACUUAUCCUGACCUAUUCGAUCCUUAUCAUCAUUCAGCACAUCACCCAAAACCUGUUCAUCAUUGAGGGCCUGCACCGACAGCCCCUCUGGGAGAUGCCCAUCCAGUCCCAGAAUGAUAGCAGGGAGGAGGAGUGCCCACCGGGCCUUCGCCGAGGAUCCAUGCUGGAGCUGGGCCAGGACCUCCGUAGGGUAUCACUUGCCUAUAUCCACAGUUACAGCCACCUCAACUGGAAGCGUCGAGUUCUUAAGGAAAUUUCCAUCUUCCUCAUCAUCUGUAACAUCACGAUGUGGAUCAUGCCAGCCUUUGGCACACACCCUGAGUUUGAGAAUGGACUGGAGAAAGAUUUCUAUGGCUACAGGACUUGGUUCACAAUUGUCAACUUUGGCCUGCCUCUGGGGGUCUUCUACCGCAUGCACUCCGUUGGAGGGCUCGUAGAAGUCUACCUGGGGGCCUGA